AUGGCUUUGACCCAAGAAUCGAUUUUGUCUUUUUUGCUGGAGCAGGGAGGCAAAGCGAAGAACGCGGAGCUGGUGAACAAUUUCAGGAGUGAGAUCAGCUGCAGUGAUCCCGCUGAAAAGCAGAACAAUAGAGACCUUUUCAAGAAGUUGGUGAACAGCGUCGCUGUGGUGAAACAGAUCGAAGGGGUGAAGUUUGUGGUGGUGAAGAAAAGGUAUCAGGACUUUGUAAAGGAGGUAGCGCACGAUGCGUCGCAGAUGGAUGAUAGUUUCACAAGCCAGAAUACGAGCUUUACGCACAUUAGCCCUACACAUCGAGCAGAGUCGGCCAGAAGAAUUUAUUCGGACAUUGAGAACAAUAACAUGUGCUUUCCUGCACACUCAAAUGGCAACAAUUAUAGAGACGCCAAGCAUACAUGUGCGGAAACAACCACCUUAAAAGUCCUGAAUAUCUCUGGAGAUCAGGGGAGCAAAGCGAGGAAUUCUGGAGCUGUGUUUGCUGUCAUAGCGGUUAAAUCCCCACAGAGAGACCCUGGCCCAGAGGCUCGGGAUGGAUUAUACCCCCAAGUGCAUCAGUCUAACACGUUGGUGAGCAAAGUUUUCAAACCAUCAGUGCAAAAUCUGAAAUUUAGAGCUUGCGAGAAGGGUGCUGAAAGUGACCCCCUGUGUUUGAAAAACAGACAGGCAGAGGACACGCAGCCCCAAGUUUUUCCUCAUGUGAGGUCCGAAGACAAGACCACUAGGCAGGGUGAUGAUGUUAAGUAUUCUGAGUGUGUGCCUCUAGAGCCACUUGCACACGAGUGGUUGGUGAAGUGUGCUACAGGGCUGUGGGGACAGAUCCAUGGUCUGCUGCUGCAGGACACACGGUUAGCACAGAAGAAAGACUUCAUUUCAGGGUUCACAGCUCUCCACUGGGCUGCAAAGGACGGCAACAGCGAGAUGAUACACAAGCUCUUGAAUAUCUCAAGGAAAAAGGGCACUUAUGUGAACAUCAACAGCAAAACACACGGAGGGUACACACCUCUACAUAUUGCAGCCAUACACGGCCACACUGAAGUGAUGGUUCUGCUUGUGCAAAGUUAUGGAGCCAAUGUAAAUGAAAGAGAUAAUGAUGGUAAGAAGGCCCUUCACUACCUGGGCAAAGGGGUGUCAGCUGAGGUCAGAGCACUUUUAGGAGGACGGCAGCAGAGCAAGUAUAAGGAGAAGACGGAGGAUGAAGACUACAGAGGGCAGCCGAAGAGCUUUAACACUAUUAGUAAACUAUUCCAGCCUCACAUGGGGAAGAAACAAAAGACAAUUCCUAAGUAUGCUCAGGACUGGUGA